AAUGCUGUGUGGCGCCGGGCUAUGGAGUCCUCCACCGCCGUCGGGCCGGCUGGAUUGUCGCUCACAUCGGCGGACAGGCUUCGCAUCUAUCGUAAGUGUUUCCAUGACCUGGACGAGCAUCUCGCGCAACUCCACCAGGAAGGAUUGGGCCCAAGCGAUGCCGAGUUUGUGGCGCUCCAGGCCGAGAUUCGCUGCUUGGAGGAGCUUAUAAUGCUCUUCACGGACAUCACGUCGAUUUUGCCCUCGAUCGCGCCCAAAUCAGUAACUGGAGAUGGAUUUGAUCCUUCCUUACCGAGUGUUGACGGGUUGAAUCUGUCACUAGUUACAGAUAUCUUGAUGCUAAGCGCGACUUCCCCGUGGACAGUUUUUGUGGCCGAGCGUUCCCAGUGGCAAAUUUGCUAUGUCUCACCGAGCGUGAAGCGCGCGUUUGGUUGGAAGGCUUCUGAGCUUUUGGGAGUUCCUGCUUGGGAUGGUUGUCACACGGAGGACAUUCCGACUUUGCAGCGUAUGCUGCUGUUGAAAGAAUGUGCAACAACUGGAACUUCUUUAGUGUAUAGAAGGCUUAGAAAGGAUCGUUCGUAUGCUACUGUUCAAGCGACUGGCCGUGCUGUUGGAACCAGGUGGUAUGCCUGGGUGGAACAAGACAUCAUCAACAACAACGCAUUGAAUGGAACUCCUCAGGCACUCGACGUUCUAUCAGAUCUUCCUCUGUCCUUGCCAGCAAGCAAGUCUAGCACUAAAACAAGAUCAGCAGACUCCGAAGGUGGUCCAAGUAUUCGCUCCCGGAAGCUUUCUAGCACCCAAAGGCCCACGUUAGAAGCCGAAGGAAAUACACGAGGAUGGAACAGCACCGCUCGUCCUGCUUCUCCGCUGGCAUUAUUGCCCGGUUUGGAAAGACAAACCAGGCCUUCAAAGAGCAGAGGGAACGGUGAGAAUGCUGAAGCGCACAGCGCAAGCCAACAUUCCUUGGAACCCGAUAACAUGGCUGAUGAAAGCCAAGUCAUGCUCAAGUCUCAGGGAAUGAAUUUGCCCACCUCAUCUCAUCUCAGCUUCUCAGGAUCCGAAACACAGCCCGUGGAGAAACUGAAAAGAGGAAAGGCAGUACACGACGAGGGUGGAGCAUCAAAGCCAAAGGUUCCAGGUACUCCCUCCCAAGUAGCUGCUUCUUCGAGGCCCGCUAGUGCACAACAAAUUAACGAAGAGGUUGAUCUUCUUUGGGGAAAAAAGAUUUUGCUGGUUGAGGAUGACCGAGUUAAUAGAACUAUAGCACAGAGGCUUCUGGAGAAUCUCAAGUGUAACGUGAAAGUAGCGUGCAAUGGGAAGGAGGCCUUGGAUAUAUUACAAGAGGGAGCACCAGUGAAGGCGGAGGAUAUUGAGGAAGGAAAGGAGAUACCUCCGCAAUUCGAUCUCGUCUUGAUGGAUUUGCUAAUGCCAGUGAUGGACGGAACAAAAGCGGUUCAAUACUUUCGGGAUUGGGAGGCCGAGCAAGAACCCCCGAGAAAGAGGAUGGUGAUUUUUGCGCUUACAUCAAACGUUAGCGAUGGCGAUAUGGUGAAGUGCGCGAUAAGUGGCUUUGAUGAGUUUGUGAGCAAGCCAUUGACGAUCGACAAGCUCAUGGAUCGUCUCCAGCCCAAGCACUGAGCCCUUUGUACAGUCACAAUUCAUUCGAUUCAAACGAAUAAGCGAAUCUUCCAUUUUCAAAA